CGCAAACCUACAUAAGUAACUGGACUUAUUUACUCCAAGUACUUACUCGAAGACGUGAAGAAUGGAGUGGCUCCGAAAAUAUUACCACACAGUGUUCUACGAUAGAGCGGAUCAGAGGGUCAAAGAUUGGCUGUUCAUGACGUCACCAUGGCCAAUCGUGGCGAUCCUAACUACUUAUCUGCUGCUCAUCAAGUUUAUUCUGCCCAUCUACAUGAGGAACAAGAGACCUUACAAUUUGAAAGGCGUUAUAAAAAGCUACAACGUGACUAUGAUUGUUUUCAACUUGGUCGUUGCUUGGGGGAUAGCAACGUCAGGUUGGACAACCACAUACCAUUUCGGAUGCGUUCUACCAGAUUAUACCACGAAACCGGAACCAAUGAGGAUGCUCACUUUCAUGUGGUGGACAUUGACCAUCAAGAUGACAGAGCUGUUGGAGACCGCAAUAUUUCUGUUGAGAAAAAAAAAUCAACAGGCCUCGUUCCUUCACGUGUACCAUCACGUCAUCUCUUUGGUUAUGAUAUGGUGUGGUGUCAAAUAUAUUGGAGGUGGCAUGGCUUCCUUUCCGGUAAUGAUCAACAGUGGAGUACACGUAGUGAUGUACUGCUACUAUUUACUGUCAGCUGACGGCAGCCCACGGGUUAAGGCAUAUCUGCACAGGUACAAGAAAUGGUUGACAAUUAUACAAAUGGUUCAAUUUACAAUCUUAUUAGCACACGCAUUGCAGGCAUUCCUACCAAGCUGCCCGGCCCCACUCACUAUAGCAUAUAUGUAUUUGCCUAAUGUACUAAUUGUAUAUUACAUGUUCUAUGAAUUUUUUAAAAAGAAUUACAGUGAAAAUCAUAAAAUUAGUAAAUAA